AUGACAUUGGUUGAAGCUGUUCAUCUUGACAAUCAUGGAGAAAAUAAUAGUAUUAUGAAUACGAUUAGUUAUCAUACUAUUGAUGCAAUAUUUGGACUGUAUGGUUCUAAUAAUUCUUUCAGAUAUACUGUUCAUCCUCAUAAUACCUCUUCUCCACCUCAUAACUUUCCUCUCAUUAUGGGAAGUGAGGAGCCAGCACCAUUUAGAAGAGUUAAUUGGUCUAUUCAUGAUACUAUUACCAUGUUAACAAUGGCCAUUGUUAUAUUCAUGACAAGGAAAAUAUUAUAUGAGAAAGUCCUCAAUCCAAUGAUGAGAAAUAACAGAUUUAAUGUUAUUGCACCACUUACUAGAGCCAGAUUCAAGGAGAAUGUUUGGUUCUUUUCCUACUACUUGUUUGCAACAAUUCUAGGUUAUUCAAUUUUGAGUGAAACCUCAUGGUUUAAUAAUGCAUCAUUUUGUGUGUUGGAGUAUCCACAUGGUCAUACUGGAUACGAAACACCUUACUUUAGAUAUUACAUGUUGAUGGGAUGUGCUUUUUAUGUGCAAGCUCUCUUUACUUUACUGUUUGUGGAUGAAAAAUUGUCAGACUUUUUGGAAAUGGUAGUACAUCACAUUGCAACAAUCAUGUUAAUUUCCUUCUGUUUAACUUCUAGUCAUCAUCGUGUUGGAAGUAUAGUAUUGAUUUUACAUGAUUUUGUAGAUAUUUUCCUCUAUGGAGCUAAAGCUUUCCAUCACUUGAAAAACGAAACCAUGUCAACAGUUCUCUUUAUUGCCUUUACACUUGCCUUCUUUUGCAUGAGAUUGGUUCUCUUACCUUACAUUAUUUAUUUGGCAGCUGCCAAUUUUCAUGGAUGGGACGAUCCUUCAAGAUAUUACAUUUUCCGAUAUGUUUCAGACUCUAUCUUUCCAGCUGAAGUUAGUGAUUAUGGAUGUUGUAUUCUGAAAUAUUGUGCAAGCACUUACUGGUUAUUAAUUGUAUUGUUAUGUUUAUUGGUUUUGUUGCAUGUAUUUUGGUUUUAUUUGGUUUUGAGAAUAUUGGUAAGGACUAUUAGAGGUACUACAUUGGCUGACAUUCGUGAGGAUGAUGGAGAGGGACAUGAACAUCAGGAUUAA